GAGGGCAAAUGUCAAUUGGGGUUUCGACAAACGUCAACGACGUACGAGUACACAUAACCUAGCUCUGCUAAUAAAUACACAUUCAGUUAAAUUCAAUUAAUUAACACUCUUUACGCACCGAUCACGAUUCGGCUUUGUGUUUCAUGUGAUGGGCUAGUAACACAACGUGCACACAAAUGAUUUUAUCCGCACUCAAGCACCAGUCGUAUAACAUGAAUCCCACACAUGAAGGGACUUUCAAAAGUUAUCUCGAUGAAACUGUUUUAGAAAAUAUUUCGUUAAAUGAUAAGCAGAAGACAUCAUUAUUAGAAGGUGAAACUGUGGUGCAUGAAGCCCAAAAGUUCCUCCUGGCUCCGCUGAGUGAUGUAGACAUUAGAAGUGCAUUAAUUGGUGUGUUAACAGUAACAACCUUUAAACUAUCAUUUGCAAACACAAACAGUGAUCAAGAACCAAAUGGCCACCAGAAUAACCUACUCCUAAAGCCAAAUGAGAUUUGUCUAUCAGCUAUUGAGUCUGUGUAUCAAAUGGGUGACAAGUCAAAGAAAAAACUUGCACCUGGCCAGAAUGUAACAGGAAAGAUCAAAGAAUUGUUGAUUGUAUGUAAGAAUAUGAAAACAAUGAGUUUCAACUUUAAACAUUGUGAUAAAGACAGCGGCAAGCAGAUUGCGAACGCGUUGCUGCAUCACGCCUUCCCGAAACGCGCGAAUUUACUCUUCGCAUACGAAUAUAAACACGAACCGCAGCAUAGUCGAGAAUCAAAGGACAAAUUCAUCUCGCGGGAUGACUGGGAACGCGAGCUGAAACGCACGCAAUGCCCGAAUUGGCGUGUGUCGGACGUGAACGCCAACUACAAUGUCUCUGUACACCUACCGGAGUAUGUAGUCGUGCCCAAAGACAUCACAAACGAUGAUAUUUACAAAGGCGCGCAGGUUUUCCGAAAUACCAGCUUCCCCAUCUGGGUUUGGGGUAAUGAAUCAGCCGCAUUAGUGCGCAUGCCCGAAGUGUUACCUUCUGUAACAAACCGUUCGCAUGAAAAUACAUUCCUCGCGAAGAUUCAUAAAUGUCAUCCGGAGAAAACCGAGCCGGAGAUAUUCGAGCUGCUCCGAGACUGUCCGACGCCACGAGAUAUUCAAGGAAGUUAUAUAAAACUGCGUAAUCUAUGCGUGCCGGACAGCACACGAUUGUUCAAAUUGCAAGAUUACAAAUUCUACGGCUUAUUGGACGCUUGCAAAUGGCUGCAUCAUGUCAGCGCAUGCCUGUCGAAGGCUCGUGACGCUGCUGAUUUAUUAGAACAGCGUAAAACUGUUGUUUUGCAAGAGGAUAGAGGCGCGGAUUUGAAUUGCGUUGUUUCUAGCCUUACGCAGUUGAUUCUCGACGCGCAUUGGCGCACGAUGCGCGGAUUCCAGGCGCUGGUGCAGAAAGAAUGGGUGAGUCUUGCGCAUCCGUUUCAGUUUCGACUCGGACACAUUCUCAACGAUGAUGUGGAACCUGCGUACGUCUUCCUGCUCUUCCUCGAUUGUGUGUGGCAGCUUUUACGGCAGCAUCCGGAAGCGUUUCAGUUUAGCGAGACGUAUCUGACGACGGUGUGGGAUUCAGCGCAUGUGAAUAUUUUCGAUACGUUUUUGUUCAACAAUCAACAUGAUCGGCAGAAUGCCUAUAGAGGUGAUAACUUAAUCCCGCGAUCCGUCUGGGAUUGGAGUGAACAAUUUGCCGAGCAUGAUGUUGUACUCUUCCGGAAUCCAUUGUAUGACAAAUCAGCGCGUGCGCGCCUCCGACCACAAACAGGCGCAUCCGCGCUGGAUGUAUGGCGGCAGUGCUACUUCCGCUGGCUGCCGGAUUUGGAAAUACGUAAUGGCGGCCAGCCGCAGGUGGACAUGUGCAAUCGUUUCAUCGCCGAGGAAAUCGACUUACUGCGACUUCAACUCAGCGAUCAGCGCACAAAUGGCGCCGCCGGUCAAAGCAAAACAGAUCAACUCGCGUGCCUCUCUGCUGUGCAUAGCUUCUAUCCAUUCAGCCAGUCUGGCAGAGCCGGUGGCGCCGCCACUAACAACUUCCAUGACGAAUUGCUUUUUGGGAACGAUGCGUUCGACACUCAAUCAAUACUAAAUCUUACCAAUGAUUAGCACUCACAGAUCAUUCUCUAUUUCGUUUCCGCGUAGCGUUAUUCUUUAUUUAUUUAUAUCUUCAACUGUUUUUUUUUUUAACUCGAGUUUACCUUUACGUUCUAAUCGAUGAUGCUGCUUAACCAAAUGAUAUUUCGCUCCACCCAGUAUUCGUACUACCUUCGGUGUGCGUCGUAAGAAUAGGAUAGCUUUAAGUUUGUAACUUUGCUAGCGCGUAAGAUGACGUAUUUGUGUUUUGUUAAUUUACUUCCGAGGGCGACUCCGGAUUGGUGGUGUUUACAUUUAAAUUUUGUACUUUUGAAGGAUGCGCCUAUAUUUAUAUAACGAGUUACAGCACGCAAACGUGUACAAACUAUUAAUAAAUUUGUGUGUUUAACAA